GCAUAAUUGAAAUAAAAUAUUUUCUGGACGAAUUAAGAUCUUUGAAACACAAAGGGUUUGAUUGUUCUUUUUUUUGAUAUGGAGGUUUUAUCCGAAAAAAUUGAAGGAUUUCAAAGUAAAAUAUCAUUUAAAUGCAACGUUUGUAAUAUUAUCCAAAUUGUUAAUACAGAAAAUCCGAAUAAGAAGGAUUUUCCAACAAAUUGUGCCGUUGUCGCUGGAGCAAUAUCAAUUGGGGUUGGAUAUUCUCAAAUAAACGAGUUUGUAUCAUGUUUAAACAUUCCAAAUAUGUCCAAUGCAACAUAUUUACGCUAUCACUCUAAUUUGAGUAAAAAUAUACACGACGAAAACAUUAAACUAAUGAAUACCGCUGCCCAAGAGGAAAGAAGGUUGGCUGUUGAAUCUGGCCACGUAUCUGAACAAGGUGUUCCUAUAAUUCCAGUGAUUGUUGAUGGCGCAUGGAGUAAACGUUCCUAUCGUACAAACUACAAUGCUUUAUCUGGAGUUGCCUGUAUAAUUGGAGCGAAAACUAAGAAAAUUCUUUACAUGGGGGUUAAAAAUAAAUACUGUUUCGUCUGUACUAGGGCAAGUACUCCAGUAGAACAUUCUUGUUUCAAAAAUUGGGAUAGAAGUUCCACGGCAAUGGAAGCUGAAAUAAUCGCCGAAGGGUUUCAAUCAUCUAUUAAAAGUCAUAAUUUGAUCUAUGGCAAAAUUAUUGGGGAUGGGGACAGCACUAGAAAAUUGAAUGCCGAAAUCACCUCAUUAGGAAUUACAUAAAUAAAAUUUCAGAAUUGUCCAAAGAUACCAAAUUCCCCAUUCAUCUCAGGAGAAUAGUAACUAAUACAGAUGUUUUGGGUCGCUUCCGAAACGCGAUAACGAAAGCUAUUGCCUUUAGAAAACAGGGUCCUGAUGCUGAAAAUACAAAAGUCG